AUGGCUGCCGCUUCCUCAUCUGCUCCCGAUGGAGCGCCACCAGUACCACCGCCGGAGAACGAACUCUAUACACACAAGCCCCAACCCUCACUGCUUUCCACUUCUCAACCGAAGAAAAUCUCUCCUCUGCCAUGGCCUCACAUGGAGACCGUACACCUCAUCGAAGUCUACCAGGAAAAAUGGUACUCUCUGAAACGAGGUCAGCUCAAGGCCAAUCAAUGGGAAGAAGUCGCCAUCUCCGUCGCUGUUCGGUGCGGCUACGAUGAGCUCUCGAAGACUGCUACUCAGUGCCGCCACAAGAUGGAGAAGCUUCGCCAGCGCUACCGCUCAGACAAGAAACGCGCGUCUCUCUCCCUUUGGCCUUACUUCAACCUCAUGGAUCGGAUGGAACUUGGGCCAUUUCCCAUUGCUGCCGUUCCCAUCUCCGCCAUCGAUCUGCAUCGUAACAGAGACUAUGACGAAGAAGACGAUGACGAUGACGAUGCUGACGAAAUUAAUAAAUCUCGAAGCAUCAAUCACAUACUUCGCCGACCAUCAAUGGCCUCACUGUAUCCUCCGCAGUGGAAUGAUGGUGGUGAUGGUGGAGUAGCAGGGCCUCCUGGGGUUUUUAGGGUUUUGAGGAAUCCGAUGUUUCGCAAGAGAAAGUCGUUCGAGAUAGAUGAGGAGGACGUGGUGGAGGAAGAGGGAGUUGACCCGAUUUCGGAAUUGGCUUCGGUGGUUAGAGCAUUUGGGGAAGGGUUUGUUCGGAUAGAGAAUAUGAAGAUGGAGAUGAUGAAGGAGACAGAGAAGUAUAGAAUGGAUAUGGAGACCAAGAGGACGGAGAUGAUUAUCAAAUCACAGCGACGAAUCAUGGAUUCCAUUGCCAAAGCCCUUGGCUCUCAGAAGAGAUAG